GGCUGGUGACUCAGACCACUUCCGGUCGUUCUGUUAUAAAUCUGAGAUCGUGCACACCGACUAUUCACCUCCGAGAGACACCACACAGAAGGCAGUCAAGAUGACUCUGGUUGUAAAGAACAUGUCCUUCAAGCAGGGGCAGGAGAUGAAGCUCAGUGUCCUGCCCAAGUCAGGCAACUCUGGUUUUGCCAUCAACAUCGGUCACGACACAGACAACUAUGCCCUCCACCUGAACCCCAGGUUUGAUUCUGGUUCUGUGGUGUGCAACUCUCAGUCUGGGGGCAGCUGGGGGGACGAGUGUCAUGAGAGUGGCUGCCCGUUCUCCGAAGGAAGCGACAACAAGGUCUCCAUCUCCUUCAACAUGGACGCGUUCCAAAUCCGUCUCCCUGACGGACACAACAUCACCUUCCCCAACCGCCUUGGCGACGUCAAAUACGGCCACAUCGAGCUCACCGGGGACGCCAAGCUCGUCAGCCUCAAGAUCAAGUAGAGCCCUGGUGACCCCUGACCCCUGGGGAAACGAUUUACCUGUCCUACCAGUUACUUGUGACCAGCAACAGGCUCUGAGGGUGCAGUAACACAGAGGGGCCACACUGUCAAGCUUGUGCUGUGUGUGUGUGCUAAUACGUGUCAUGUCAAUUGCAGAUUUGGUAAUAAAGACAACUGUGAAAGCAAA